UGUUAUUAUCCAAAAAAAAAAAAAUCCUCAGGAAGGUGGAUAAAGAAAGACCAAGUUUACGGUGCAGAAUUGGUCGACUGGACUUUCGUGCAUGUACUACAAAGACGGAAGAGACUGCUCUACUCGUAACAACAUCUCACCAAUCAGAACUACCAAAGAACUCUAUUGCAUUUGUCUCCAUUUUGGCAAAGAGAGUAUGGCUGAGGCGGUAGUUUCCUUUGUGGUUGAAAGGCUGGGAGACUUCAUCAUCCAACAAGGGAAGUUCUUGUAUGGAGUCAGCGAUCAAGUUGAGCUUGCACAAACUGAGCUACAAUUAAUGAAGGGUUUCCUCAAAGAUGCUGAUGCAAGACAAAGUGAUGAUGAAACUGUUCGUAUCUGGGUUGCAAAAAUCAGAGAGGCUGCUUGUGAUUUGGAAGAUGUCAUUGAAAUCUAUGCCUUGAAAGUGGCUUGCAAGAGGGAGGGAGGUAUUAAGAGUGUGCUGAAGAGGUUUGGUUGCAUGUUGAAGGAAGGAGUUGAUCUCCACAAGAUUGGGGCGAAAAUCCGAGUCAUCACCACCAAUAUUUCUGAUCUGAGGUUGUGUUUGCAAACAUACAACAUUAGAGAACUGAGGGAGAGUACUGAAGGUGUCACUUCUGUGUAUGAGAGGCAGCAACAACUCAGGCGAACUUAUUCUCAUAUAAUGGAUCGUGAUGUUGUUGGAGGAGAGCAUGAGAGAAUUGGCUGUGCGUUUGGUUAUUCUGGAAUCUCCACAAGGAAGAAAGAUUUAGGAAAGAAGAUGCUUCGGUACUGUUCAGGUAAUUUUCCUGAAGAUUCUGAUAUACCAGUGAAAAAAUUGACUCAAUUAUGGAUAGCAGAAGGUUUUAUAUCUGCAUCAUAUGAGACAAUGGAGGAUGCAGCAUACGGCUAUUUAACUGAGCUGGUAGCAGCAAGCGGCAGCAGCAGCAGGGACAGUGUGCGGCAGCAGCAGGCAGUAGCAGCAGGGACAAGAUCGAGUAUGGCUGAAGCUGUAGUUUCUUUUGUGGUUGAAAGGAUCGGAGACUUCAUCAUCCAAGAAGGGAAGUUCUUGUAUGGAGUCUGGGAUCAGGUUGAGCUCGCACAAACUGAGCUACAGUUCACGAAGGGUUUCCUCAAAGAUGCUGAUGCAAGACAAGGAGAUAAUGAAACUGUUCGUAUCUGCGUUGCAAAAAUAAGAGAGGCUGCUUAUGAUUUGGAAGAUGUCAUUGAAAUCUAUGCCUUGAAAGUGGCUUGCAAGAGGGAGGGAGGUAUUAAGAGUGUGCUCAAGAGGUUUGGUUGCAUGUUGAAGGAAGGAGUUGACCUCCACAAGAUUGGGGGGGAAAUCGGAGUCAUCACCACCAAUAUUUAUGAUCUGAGGUUGCGUUUGCAAACUAACAACAUUAGAGAACUAAGGGAGAGUACUACUCAAGGUGUCACUUCUGUGUAUGAGAGGCAGCAACAACUCAGGCGAACUUAUUCUCAUAUAAUUGAUCGUGAUGUUGUUGGGUUGGAGGAGAGCGUCAGAGAAUUGGCUGUGCAUUUGGUUAAGAGUGGAGACAGACACCGAGUUGUUUCUAUUUGUGGGAUGGGGGGGUUGGGGAAAACAACUCUUGCAAAACAGGUGUAUCAUGAUAGUGAAGUUCGGCAGCACUUUGAUUCUUUUGCUUGGGUGUGCAUAUCUCAACGAUGUCAAGUGAGAGACGUUUGGGAAGACAUCUUGAUUAAAGUUUCUGCCCUGCAAAGAGAGGAGAUUGCAAAAUUGAAGGAUGGUGAAAUAGCCAAGAAGCUUUAUCUUGUGCAACAAGAGAGUAAAUGUUUGGUGGUAAUUGAUGACAUAUGGAGUGUUGGGACAUGGGACACUCUGAAAGCUGCAUUUCCUUUGUGUGAGGAAACCAAGAGCAGAAUAUUACUCACCACUCGCAAGGAAGAAGUAGCUUUGCAUUCAGAUAGAAAUGGUUUCCUCUUCCGGCCUCGACCACUAAAUGAUGAUGAAAGCUGGCAACUAUUGGAGAAGAUAGCAAUAUCUGGAAGAGAUGAAAUAAAUUCUGGAAUCUCCACAAGGAAGAAAGAUUUAGCAAAGAAGAUGCUUCAGUAUUGUGCAGGUUUGCCAUUAGCCAUCACUGUGCUUGCAGGACUUCUUGCAAGAAAGGACACAGUUGAUGAGUGGGAUAUGGUGUAUAAAAAUGUUCAUACAUACAUUGGAAGAGGCAAAGGCCACGAACAAGAAUGCAGCGGUGCAUCGUGGGUGUUGGCAUUGAGUUAUGAUGACUUACCAUAUCACUUAAAACCAUGCUUUCUGUACUUAGGUAAUUUUCCUGAAGAUUCUGAUAUACCAGUGAAAAAAUUGACUCAAUUAUGGAUAGCAGAAGGUUUUAUAUCUGCAUCACAUGAGACAAUGGAGGAUGCAGCAUACGGCUAUUUAACUGAGCUGGUAGAAAGAUGUGUGGUACAAAUUGGGGAACAGGGUUCAGUUAGAAAGAUUAAAUCUUGUCAUCUGCAUGAUCUCAUGCGAGACAUGUGCUUAGAAAAGGCGAAAGAGGAGAACUUUCUCCAGAACGUCAAUUUUUCACAUCAAAACAGGACCUCUGUUUCUUCUUCCAUGGUAACCAAUGCUACAGCAACGGUUAAAGUUCGAAGACUUGCAAUUUAUUUGAAUAGUAAUGUUGAUGAAUUGGUUCCAUUGAGGAACCACAAAGACAGCCACCUUCGGUCUCUACUGUACUUUGCCCCAGUAAAUUGCAUUCUCAAAGAUGAGAAGUUGGUAGGAUCGUUGGUUAAGAACUUCAGAUUGCUUCGAGUUUUGAAGUUUGAAGGUAUGGUAACAUCAGGAGAACUGCCGAAUGAGAUUGGCAACAUGGUCCACUUAAGAUUUUUGAGUUUGUGGUGUACUCAGGUAACAAGGCUUCCAUCCUCCCUAGGUAAAUUGAUAUGUUUGCAAACUCUCAAUUUAAAGUUCUGUGAUUGUAAUGUAAUUCCAAAUGUGAUUUGGAAGAUGGAACAACUGAGGCAUUUGUAUUUACCCUCGUACUGGACCUCACAUCCAACAUUUGGAAGAUGGAACAACACUUUAGAUCGUGUUUCAAGUCUCUGUUCUGACCUGACUGAUCUCUCUGAAUUAAGAAACCUGAGGAAACUGGGGAUACGAGUGACAACCAGCUUGGAAAAGUUGGAGGAAAUUUUGAAAUCUAUAAGCAGCACACUUGAUGGCAUUCGAUCUCUCCAUGUUUUCAGUUGGCUUGGAACUAAUAGUGGUACAGAGGUUACACAAAUAGUGUCGAGUUGUCGUCAUAUAUACAAGUUGGUUUUGAAUGGGCGAACUGUAGAGUUGCCAAACGAUCUUCAUGACUUUCCAAACCUCACAAAGAUAACAUUGGUUCACUGUGAUCUCAAGGACAACCAAAUGGCUGUGCUAGAGAAGCUGCCAAACCUUAAAACUCUUUGCCUGAUGGAGGAGACUUUCGAGUACAAGAACACAAAGACACUUGUUUUCUCCAAAGGUGGCUUUCCUCAUCUUGAAUGUCUCUCACUUAUUUGCAUACGAGAAGCAGAGGACUUGGAGGUGGAAGAAGGGGCCAUGCCUAGGCUCCGCCGUUUGUACAUAACACGUUGCCGCAAAUUGAAGACAAUUCCAGAUGGGCUGAGAUAUGUUACUAGCCUCAAGAAACUAACCGUAGCAAUGCCUAGAUCAUUCGUUAGCAGGCUUCAAGUUGGAGGAGAGGAUUACUAUAAAAUCGAGCACGUGCCUUCUGUUGUACUUACGAGUUAUGACUAGGAAAAUCAAAUCGAAGCGGGCGGCAACGAUCGAAUUGGAUUUCGAAUUCGAAGAUUGACGAGGGAGGGGAUAGCCGGGAGGAAUGGCUGAGCGCAGAUCCCGAUAGGGAUAGUCCGGUGAGGAUUGAGAGUCCG